AUGGUCGUCUUCAUGAAGAAAACUAAGAAUUACCAAAACAUUGAGGCAUUUUUAAGGAAUCAUGGAUCACUUCCUCUUAAAAGAUAUAGUUAUUCAGAUAUUAAGAAAAUGACCAAUUCAUUUAGACACAAGCUUGGCCAAGGAGGAUAUGGAGGUGUUUAUAAAGGUAGGCUACUUGAUGGUUGCUAUGUAGCGGUGAAGAAUUUAAUUGAUUCUGAAGGUAAUGGUGAAGAAUUUAUCAACGAGGUUGCUAGCAUUAGUAGGACUUCUCAUGUCAAUAUUGUCACUCUUUUAGGUUUUUGUUUUGAGGGUCUUACAAGAGCUCUCAUCUACGAGUAUAUGUCCAAUGGUUCUCUUGAGAAGUUCAUAUGUGAAAAAGAUCAAUCCCAAACAAAUCAUUCACUGAAGUGGGAAACACUAUACCAGAUUGCAAUAGGCAUAGCUCGAGGAUUAGAAUACUUGCACCGUGGUUAUUUUGGUCUUGCCAAAAUUUGCCCCAAGAGAGAGAGUAUUGUAUCAAUGAUAGGUGUACGGGAGACAAUUGGUUAUAUUGCUCCAAAAGUAUUUUCUAGAAACUUUGGAACAGUCUCUCACAAAUCAGAUGUUUAUAGCUAUGGAAUGAUGGUUAUAGAAAUGACAAGAGGAAGACAGAGUAACAAUGUUGGAGUUGACAAUAGUAGUGAAUUAUAUUUUACGCAAUGGGUUUACGAGCGUCUCGAAGUAGAUGAAGAACUUGGACUGCAAGGCAUUUCAAAUGAAGAAGAUAAAGAACGUGUAAGGAAGAUGAUUAUAGUGAGCUUGUGGUGCAUACAAACUAAUCCUUCAGACCGGCCAAUAAUGAGUAGAGAAGUGGAGAUGUUGGAAGGGAGCAUCAAUUCCUUGCAAAUUCCACCCAAGCCUUUCCUAUCUUCACCGAGAUCAGCCCCAAGAGAUUCUUCAAUUAACCUACUAAGUUAA